GGUGAGCAGGGAGGAAGGGGCUGCCUGAGGCUGCCGAGGGAGGAGGGUUCCCCAGCGCUCGGGGGCCUGAGCUGCGAACUCAGCCUCGUCCCGCUUCUCCCAUAGGUUGGCACGCGGAGGAGAAAGCCUGGUGUUGCUGGGACAGACACUCUGCGAGUGCUCACAGUUGAUGCACACGAUGUCCGAGGGGACACAGGAGGCCGCCGGCUCGAGGGAGCUUGCAUGCGUGCUCUGUGGCCGAGUGCACGCUGACCUUGGUAUAAUUGGGAACAAAUACGUGAUGAAGGGGAUCUACUUCCAUACUUUUUGUGUGACAUUUUCCUCCGGCCUUUUACAACGAGGAAGUGAUGGAAGUUCACAUUUCUGCACUCAAGACCUGAUACGCACAGUGAGGCAGGCAGAGCAGACGGUGAGCACCGGACCAGAACAGGGAGCUUUGUGCCAGGAGAGGCACGGCAAGCUUAGCCUGGUCCAAAGAAAGCAAUCCCAGCCCUUCCAACCAGCCCCAGGAGAAAGUCCUGCUCCUGUAGACGAGCCCUGUUCACCAGGCAGCUCUGCAGAGUGCCACCCAGCCCUGCCCUCACCCUGUGCCCUGCCCAGAGGUGCGGGGCCCGCUGCGUAGGCCCUGAGCCUGCUGCUGAUGCGGGCUGCUCUGCUCUUUCCAGCUCUGCUUCGUCUGUGGCAAUUUCGGGGCCACCAUCACCUGCGCAGAGGCGGGCUGUGACCGCAGCUUCCAUCUCCCCUGCGCCUCCGAGGGUGAAUGUGUCACCCAGUACUUUGGAGAGUUCAGGUAAGGGCUGCCAGGCAUCGCCAGUGAACCUCCAACCCCUGCUGUCAGCACCA